AUGUCCCUCAUCCCAUGGCUCCGCUGGAGUGAGGCCUCACCCCGGCUGUCAUCCCGGAGCCCAGCUGAGAUGGUUCUGGAGACUCUCAUGAUGGAGCUGGCCGGGCAGAUGCGAGAGGCAGAGAGGCAGAAACGGGAGCGCAACAACGCCGUCAGGAAGAUCUGCACGGGCGUGGACUACAGCUGGCUGGCCAGCACACCCCGGCUCACCUACGACCUCAGCCCGGGGGAGAGGCUGCAGCUGGAGGACGUCUGCGCCAAGAUCCACCCAUCCUACUGCGGGCCCGCCAUCCUCAGGUUCAGGCAGCUGCUGGCGGAGCAGGAGCCGGAGGUGCAGGAGGUGUCCCGGCUCUUCCGCACGGUGCUGCAAGAGGUCCUGGAGAGGAUGAAGCAGGAGGAGGAGGCCCACAAGCUGACCCGCCAGUGGAGCCUGCGGCCCCGGGGCAGCCUGAGCACCUUCAAGGCCCGCGCGCGCAUCUCCCCCUUCGCCAGCGACAUCAGGACCAUCUCCGAGGACGUGGAGCGAGUCGCCCCGCCGCCACCCCGGACCUGGAGCAUGCCCGAGUUCCGGACACCCAAGGCCGACUGA